AUGAAUGCCCCUCCAGCGUUUGGGUACCCGCCCGGCGUGUCGCUGGCACCAGGCAAUCAGGUCUCACCCACAGCAGCCAAUUUUGGCUCUAACAACCCAUUUCGAAACCGUGCUUUGUCUCCCUCCACUGCUCCUGGCCCAGCGACCAACGCUCGCCCGGAACGUCCCCGAUCGACCAACCCAUUCCUAGACGACACUGACGCCCUGUCACCACAAUCUGCCCCUGGCUUUUCCACCGGUGCUACCAUGUUUUCACCGACCGAACGACCCGAUAUGACCAGCAACACCCGGGACCUUUUUGAGAACCUCUCUAUCAAGCCCACCGCUACAGUUUCCGCGGUGCCUGCCCCCUCUCCCUUUUCCACUCAGACACAAAGCACCCGGGUCCCCGAUGCCAUCCCGCGGCAACCCACCGAUCGUCCUCGCCCGAGAGAGCGUCCACCUCCUUCCGGGCGACCUACAGAGUCCAAAUCAAAGGAUCCAUUCGACAUUUUUGCCGACCCACCCAAGGGAUCUAGUGGCCAAGGAAAGAGCACCCGUAGACCUCGUCGGAACUCCGAGUCAUCUGUAAUGGAUCGGUCAUCGAAGCUGUUGGAUGAUGAUGAUGAGAAACGCCGACGUGAACGGCGUCACCGCGAGCGAGAGCGUCAGCGCGAAGGAAAGCCCCGUUCUUCCCGCAAGGAUCGCCGACUAGAUAUCAUCGACAAGUUGGACGUGACAAGCAUCUAUGGAACCGGAAUGUUCCAUCACGAUGGUCCCUUUGACGCAUGCAAUCCUCAUCGCAAUCGCAAGGGCGCACGCACUGCGCCAAUGCAGGCCUUCCCCAAGAAUUCUACAAAUAUGGCUCUCGGUGGUUCUGGCCCUGUCAACUCCAAUAUUGACCUAAACCUCUUCCACGGCAGAAUGGAGGAGGCCCACAACGAUUACAACACCGGCCUCCAGCGCCCCGCUGAAACUGUUCAAAUUGACCCUCGAUCCACCUUGGAACCGGUCCACGGUGCAGAGAGCAUGGGCCUGGGAACAAGCACAUUCCUUGAUGGAGCCCCGGCUAGUCGUUCGGCGAUUGCACAACGUGAGAUCGCGAACGAACAACAGAUGCAAAACGGCGGUCUCGCACGAAAGAAGAGUCUGGCACAGCGCUUGCGUGGGCGAAGUGGAACCGGUCGGAUUGUGUCUCCUGGUCGAGUCGGAUCUCCCACAGAGCAGGGUCGUCUGUCCCCACCACAGAUAGGCUCAAGCCACUCCGCAUCUUCACGAGGCAAUGAGCGAAACCCAUUCUUUCAAGAAGACCCCGAUGAGGAGUGGGAUAAGAAAGGAUCUCGAAUCGCAGAGGCGCGUCUAGAGAGUGGCGGUCGUCUUCGUUCAUCAAGCAGCCCCAAGCAGUCAACUAUCCUUGAGCGCAAGACCACCAGCGAUCGUGCCUACGAAGAUCAGCAAAGGCUGAAUCCUGGCGGGGGUGGAUUCCUGAACCGAAUGAAGAGCUUGCGCAAGCCGCGGCCAGAGCGCCGCACCAGCGACUAA